AUGUCGCCAUCCAUGAUUCUCCAGGUCGCCGCCGUCCUUCUUCCCCGUCUUCUCCAGGCCAUCGUCUGCGCGUCCUCAUUCGGCCGCCUUAUGCAUCUCAUGUCGCAGCCCCAGGUCGACAUGAGCACCUCAGGCUGCAAUCAAGGAAACGGUAUCAAGAAGCACCAGGUAUUCGGCAGAGAGGAGAGUGGCCAGAGGGAUGGGAAACGGGAAGAGAUUUUGAUCAGGCUUAGAGACUACAAUAAUGAAGAUGAAGACGGUGGUGAGACUAUAACCAUGGUGAUGAGAAUUAUGGAAACUAUGAUGAUCAAGACUAUGGCUCUAAAGGGCCUCAUUGGACACUAA